AUGGAUCCUGGGACUGUCUUAGCGGUUGUCUCGCUGGUACUGCAGGUUAUUAAACUAGCAGACCAGGUUAUCGAGAGCUUCGAGCGACUCAAAAACGCUCCACAGGAGCUUAGAGACUUUCGACAAUCUGCCGUGCGGCUGCAGCGUCAUCUUGAGGCUCUCCAAAAUGAUGUUUCAUAUUAUUCCUUAGCAAACAUCUUGCAUGAGGAUGAUGUGCACGAGAUCGAGGAGACACUGACGUUAUGUAAAGAGCUUCUUCAGCAACAGGUUACUUCAUCGAAAGGCCUGGUUGUCACCACUGUUAUCAGAGGUGUUUGGACAUUUAGGAAUAAUCAGAAGCUUGUCAAGUACAAGAUUCGUAUUGAUGCGCACUAUACCCAGAUUCUGGUGCCCUGCUGUGGCAGAAAUAAUCCCAACCGUUCUCUAAUAUUAUGCGAGGAAGAGGAUACGACCGUCAUCACAGAAACAGGCAAUAAUACCCUGAUAGACUCAGCCCAGAAUGCGUCGCCAUUGCAAUACCAAGUCGCACCAGAGCAUAUACAACAGAUAACCAAAAAGCUUGACAAGCUCAAAACUGCUGACGAUAAGGAGGCUACCGAGCAGACACUUCGAAGCAUCGACUACGAGUUGAGAACAUGUUGGACAGAGCUGGGCCUAGUGGAGGAGGACGUCGACGAUCCCAUCGACUACCCAAUGCCAAGUAUUAAACGUCGAUCAACACUCAGUUAUGAAGACGCACCGACUACAUUGGAGUUGGAGAGUGCACCGCAACAGCAUAGACGACUGCGCCUCAGACGACUUCAUAUCAUGGCUCGAGAUGACGAGUCUCGCAUCUUGCAAUAUCAGAAUGACGAUUUACCUUAUGGUUCUAUACCUUGGACUCGUAACAAGUCCUCCAAGAGAGUUUCCUUUCUCAAAAAACAUCUCGUCACCGUUGUCGACAGCGAAGGCUACCAUAUAUACCGUCUCGAUCCAAAAUACAAGUUCGAAGACCGUGAAGCUUGCGAUAGGUUCCAGUCGACACUUCGCGAGAGAGAAGUCUGCGGCGCUUUUGAGGCUGUGGAGAUCAAAGUCGAUGGUCGAAUCGUUGCUCGAAGGCAAAUGCUACGGUUCUGGCGUAGGGUUGAGCGCAAUGGCACGACGACCAACACCAUCACUUACUACAUAUCAUCAGGGACCUCGGCUGGAGAACAUGAUGAGAUUAACCUAGCCGAACUCCAGAGUUCUGUCACAGUCCCACGUAUUCGACGUCUAUCCUGGGACAUUGGAAGGAGAGUCGAGUCUAACUCAGUUGAUCUCAUGCCUUCUCUACGAGGUUCGAGGCAGUUUCAUAUAAAGUUCGAAACCGAUGAAGCUAGACCUAACUGUAGGUUAGAAGCAAAGCAGUUUAAAGAGAGGUUCUCGGUUAUGCAAAAUGGGGGCUUCUCACAACCUCCGUCGUUGAUUGGCGAUUGUUCUACUAGAGCAGAGUCGACUCUAGCAGGCACGCCUGUAAUGGGACCAAAACCAGAUCUAACCGCAGUGCCAAUUAUUGCUUUCGAUACAGGUGCUCAAGAGGGACUCUUCGAGGAAUGGAACACGGCUGUUUUCCAGGCUGGAAAUUAUAAAUCUUAA